ACCAAGUCACAAGAGUUCUAACAGCCUUUCGUUCACGACGUGUUUUGCCUUAGCCUCUUGCCGCUUAAGCCUUUCGACUACCAACAUGAUGAAAUCUGUCUGUCUUGUCCUUCUUCUCACGGCAGCCUUUGCCUACUCCGGUGUUGAAGGUACAAGUGGGAAACAAGUGGUUGUGAAAACAAGUACAAGUGGGUGUGGAAAGGCCCUGAACAACAUGGUGGCGUCCGCAUACGAUACACCUAACUUCGUCGCCUGCAAGUCGGAUCCAGAGGGAAGUGCAGCCUGGACCGCCCUCUCAGGUAAUCCUGCCUGCAAAGACUACAAGUUCACUGUCGGCGAUCAGAAGUGCGAAGUUCUCGCAGCUCCCUACAUGAAAUGUGUUGCGGGAAAACAGGGUUUCUUGAAGGAUGAUGGCUCCAUAGACAGCACUUCGAUCAUAGCCAAGUACAAGCUUUGGACCAGCAGCCCUGCCUGCGACGCAGCGCAGUUCGACUUCGGAGUGAAAAAAUGUGGCACUACCAUCAACAACUACGCGUUCCUAGAGAAGGCCGCAUGCAUCGCCACGGAGGCGGAAAAGUACACUGGCCAGGAUAAGGAAAAGAACACUGGCCAGGAUAAGGAAAAGAACACUGGCCAUGAUAAGGAAAAGAACACUGGCCAGGAUAAGGAAAAGAACACUGGCCAGGAUAAGGAAAAGAACACUGGCCAGGAUAAGGAAAAGAACACUGGCCAGGAUAAGGAAAAGAACACUGGUCAGAAUAAGGAAAAGAACACUGGCCAGGAUAAGGAAAAGUACACUGGCCUGCUAUUUCUGGUCCUCAUGCCUUCAUCUGCCUGCCGGCUUUGAAGUGUUCACAACAGGUGCACAAUAAUAAUUAGGGGACCGCUUUCUCCAGUCAAUACGUCCAUUCGCAGUAGAAAUUCUCUAAUCGGGAGAUCAUUGUAGUCUGCGAAACAAUAAACGCAAUAAAGUCCUACUAUUACCAGGAUCAGAUCAAGACUUGUUAUUUUAUUGAAAAAUUAAAUUAACACUGUUCUGAAGAAGUGAAGCAUUUCGAGAUGUAUUGAUGUAUAUUUA